AUGAGCAAUCAGGAAGUGAUUUAUUCAACACCAAAAUUUCUUCAGUUUUCUUCAGAGUCACAGAAUAGAUUAAAGCCUGAUGGUGUUCAAGGAUCUGGGAUAAAAGAUGAUAAAGAAUUUUCAGUGCCCUGGAAUCUCAUUGCAAUGACUCUUGGGAUCCUCUGUUUACUUCUGUCAGUGGCAGUCACAGUUUUGGGAACAAAGGUUUUUCAGCACAUUGAAGAAAAACAUCAACUGGAGGAAAUGCUACAGAAUCUCACUCAAAAGCACAACACUGUGAAAAAUAACAACUGUUUAAAGGGGCAACCUUGGAUGAAUAAGACUUCAGAAUAUGAUAUCCCCAGGAAUGAAGGCAUUCAGCAGAAAAAAGAACACCUUACAGAAAAGAACAUAUGCCAUAGAAAAAAGAACCUUUCAAAGUCUUUGCAAUAUCAAGACAAACCCCUAGAGGAAAAUUGGUCCUGUUGUGGAGUUAGCUGUUAUUAUUUCACCACUGAAAAUUACGACUGGGAAGAGUGUAAAAAUAUUUGCCAAAUGAACCGAUUGUCUCUCCUGAAGAUAGAAGAUUGGGAAGAAUUGAAUUUUAUUCAAACCCAGGUUUAUCAAGACAACUACUGGAUUGGAUUGUCAUAUAAUAAAAAGGAAAGUAAUUGGAAAUGGAUUGACAGUAGUACGUUUUCUGGCAUUAAUUGUUCAGUAAAGACUUUGCCUUCUGGGAAAAGAGAGUGUGCAUUUUUAACUUCAACGAGAAUAGAGACUAUUGAUUGCUCUAACACCUAUAAUUGUAUCUGUAAGAAGAGUAUUCUUGCUUUCUCUGCUUCAAAUGACAGAAGAAAAAAUUGACUUAGUCCACUGAGGAAAGAGAGAAGAACUAGCAGAGGAAGACGAUUUUCUUUUGGACUAUGAUUUAAGAGGCCAGAUACUAUCUGUCUUCCUAAGGAAUGAAGAGAAGAUUUUUCUUUUAUAGCAGUUAACUCUCCAGUGGAUCCAAGGAGUUACUCUUCUGUCCUUGAAUCAUGUGGCAAACUAGAGAACUCUCAAGUACCCUGAGUCUUUUCUGAUUGAUAGGAUAAAUCGUUUCAUUAAACUGAUUCUGAGAGCACUAAUAGAACUGACAACUAGUUGACUUUCUUCCCCUCAUGUGGAUAGUUACUGGCCAUGUCCAAAACGUUUUUAGUUUGCUCAGAUGUCAAAUUUACCGAAUAAUCAAAACAACGCAUAGAAUUACCCAGAGUUACCACUUAUUUACUCUAUCUGCACUUUGCAGUGUCCCCCUCCUCUGUCUGACUCAUGCCAAUAAAUUAUUAACAUCAUG